CCUGUGCCUGAAUCAAAACUGAAAUCCAAACAGCGGAUUUAAAAGCCGACUUUGAUCAGAAGCACUCUUUGCUCUCACAAUCAAUCAAAACAUGUCAUUAAUAUUUUAAAUGUUAUGAUUGAUUCAAAGGUGUGAAAAUAUUUAUACAAAUUCGCCAUGUCAGCUGUUGGAAUUGAUUUUGGUAACGAAACGUGUUACGUAUCUGUAGCACGAGCUGGCGGAUUGGAAACUAUAACAAAUGAUUAUAGUCAACGGGCUACUCCGUCAUAUGUUGCAUUUGGUCCUACUUGCCGUGAUUUAGGAACUUCUGCAAAAAAUAAGGCUAUAACGAAUUUAAAGAAUACUGUAUUCAGUUUUAAAAGACUUAUAGGAAAGAAAUUUAGGGAUCAAGCUCUACAGCAUGAAUUAUCUUAUUUGCCUUAUCAAGUGCAAGAAUUGCCAAAUGGCAGUGUUGGUGUCAAGGUUUCAUAUUUGGGGAAUGAUUCAAUUUUUACCGUACAACAAAUAGCUGCGAUGCUAUUAACUAAAUUAAAAGACAUUACAGAAACUGCGUGUAAAACUACUGUGACAGAUUGUGUAAUUUCGGUUCCUGUUUUUUUCACUGAUUCUGAGCGUAGAGCCAUGCUGGAUAUUUGCCAGAUUGCUAAUUUAAAUGUCCUUCGCCUUUUGAAUGAACCGACUGCUGUGGCUCUAGCAUAUGGUUUUUACAGACAAGAUUUAAGUGAUACAAAGCCUAAAAAGGUGGUAUUUGUUGACAUUGGUCAUUCAGCAGUGCAAGCUUCUGUUGUUGAUUUUUACCAAGGGCGAUUAAAGGUCAUCUGCAGUGCAUGGGAUACCUGUGGUGGUGGACGAGACAUUGACAAUUGCAUAGUACGCUAUUUUAAUCAAGAAUUUAAAAACAAAUAUAAUUUAAAUAUCCUUUCAAAUCAACGUGCUAUAGUUCGCUUACUACAGGAAUGUGAAAAGCUGAAAAAACAACUUAGUGCAAAUCCACAAGUAUUGCCUUUAAACAUUGAAUGUUUUAUGGAUGAUAUAGAUGUGAGUAGCAGCUUGGGAAGAGAUAAGCUAGAAGAACUUUGCACUGAUACAUUUAAAAGAGUAGAGGAUGUUUUCAAAAGGUUGUUGAUAGAAACAAAUUUAUCUCCAAAUGAUAUAAGCAGCGUUGAGCUUGUUGGAGGAUCUACUAGAAUUCCAGCUAUAAGAAACAUUGUGAAAAAGAUUUUUGGAAUUGAACCCAGCACAACUUUAAAUCAAGAUGAAGCUGUUGCACGAGGCUGUGCUCUGCAAGCAGCAAUGCUAUCCCCAACUGUAAAAGUAAGAGAAUUCCACAUAACUGAUGUGCAACCAUACACAAUAAAAUUAUCUUGGAAUAUAUCAAAAAAUGAAAGAGGUGAUAUUGAUGUUUUUCAAAGAAACCAUCCCAUUCCUUUUUCCAAGCUCCUUACCUUCUUCAGAAAAGAAGAUUUUGUUCUGAAUGCAUCUUACUAUUCUGGAAAGGAAAAUGAAUCAUUUAUAGGUUCUUUUAUAAUUAAAAACAUAAACCAAUUGCCUUCUGGGGAAAGUGCCAAAAUUGUUGUGAAGCUGCGCAUUAAUAUCCAUGGAAUCUUUCAUGUUUGCUCAGCUUUCAUUGCUGAUAAAGAUUCCAGGGAAAAUAUUAAUCUUGAUCAGAGAGCCGAAGAUUUGUUGGAUCUGAAACCUAAAAAUGCAUCUUCAUCACCUGAUUUAGUUGUGAAUGAGGAAAAAAAGAACUUUUUUUCCUUAAAGAAGCACAAGAAAGCUCCUCAAGAAGUAGAGCUUCAAAUUGAAUCAAAAGUGCCUCAGUUGUCAGAGAGUGAAAUAAAAACAUUUCUUGAAUCUGAAAUGAAAAUGAUUCAUCAAGACAGCUGUGAAGAGAAAAGAAUUGAUGCUAAAAACUCGGUGGAAGAGUAUGUGUAUGAAAUGAGGAGUAAAUUAUCUGAUGAGCUUAAACAAUAUGUAAAUGAACAGGAACAUGACGACUUUCUUCAUAAAUUGAAUCAAACUGAGGAGUGGAUUUAUGAAGAUGGUCAAGACCAAAAUGAAAUAAUCUAUAAAGAAAGGUUAUUAGAAUUACAGUCUCAAGCUAAUCCCAUAUUCAGCAGGAAGCUGGAUUAUGAACAAAGAUCUAUCAUCUUUGCAGAGUUUUGUAAAAUAAUUUCUGCAGUAAAAAAUAUUUUAAAAGCUUAUUUAUCUGGUGAUAAACAGUAUUCUCAUAUAAAUCCCCAGGACAUGGAAAAGAUUCAAAAAAUCAUAGAUGAGAAGGAAACAUGGCUGCAGCUACAAUUAGAUAACUUAGAAGAGUUUAAAAAAACAGAAAAUCAAACAGAAUCCAUUGAAAGUUUAAUGAGGCAAAAAGAGGAGUUAGAAAAAGAAAUAUUUCCUAUACUUAAUGCACCAAAGUCCCUAACAGAAGUUGGCAACACUAAUAAAGUGCAAAAGACUCACUGAUAUUAAACAUCUAAACAACAAAAUGUACAUAGACUAUCAGAUCUAUUUAUUUGUUAGUAUUUGUUUACAAUUGUGAAAGAUAAUUUUUUUCGACUAGUAAAGCUGUCUAAUUGACUGCUUAUUAAUGCUAACUUUUUGUUAUGUUUCAAAGGUUUUAAUUAAAUUCUUCUCUUGUUAUUAAACAAAAGAAUUCUGAUAUGAAAUUUCUUCACUUGAAAAAGAUUUAUUGUUACAAAAUGGAUUUUUUUUUUUUUUAUCAAUUAAGGAAUAAUGAAUGAAAUUGAAUCUGAAAAUCCAAUUAGCUGUUCUAAAAAAUAUUUAUAGUAUCUUGAAAGACAAAAAAAAAUAUUGAUAUCAUGAGCUAACACGCACAAUUUGAAUUAAAAGUUAAUCUUUAUGUCAUGCCAAAUAAUUUUCAGCUGAUUCAAUUUGUUUUUAAAAAGUCACAAAUAAUGUUUUGAAAAAAUAUUACUUUAAUUUUGCAGUUGGAUUUUUUUUU